AUUUUGAAACCUUCCCAACUGACAAAAGUUUUUCAAUCGGUGGUGGAUGCUUCGAAACCGAACAGACCAAAAGCAAUACGUUACGUGAAAAUGUCCAAAGACACCUAUGUAAUACAAAUCCCGGAUAUCAUCUAUGACGAGAACACCAAGAUAUGCUACAAGAAAGGCCGUUUUUUCGGCAAGGGAGGAUUCGCUAAAUGCUAUGAAAUUACCAACAUGGCCAACAACCAAUCCUUCGCCGGAAAGAUCGUCCCGAAGAAGCUAAUAGUGAAAGAUAACCACAAGGAAAAAAUGACGCAAGAAAUCCAUAUCCAUCAGUCUUUGAAGCAUAAAAAUGUUGUAGGGUUUUAUAGUUUUUUCGAGGACACUUUUAAUAUUUAUAUUGUGUUGGAGCUGUGCAGGAAACGGUCGAUGAUGGAGCUCCAAAAACGGCGAAAACUCUUAACCGAACCUGAGACCCGGUUUUACAUGAAGCAAAUCCUCCAAGGCGUCAGUUAUUUACACCAUAGACGCAUCAUCCACCGCGAUCUCAAACUGGGCAAUCUUUUCCUAGACGACGAACUUCAAGUGAAGAUAGGGGAUUUCGGACUAGCCGCAACGAUAGAAUACGAAGGCGAACGAAAAGAGACUUUGUGCGGCACGCCGAACUACAUCGCACCAGAGAUCCUCCACAAGAAGGGACACUCGUUUGAGGUGGAUAUCUGGUCGAUAGGAUGCAUCAUGUACACGUUAUUGAGCGGAAGGCCGCCUUUCGAAUCUAGUUCACUCAAAGAGACGUACUCUAGAAUUAAAAAAUGUCAAUACAAGAUAACAGGAAACAUAUCAGCCUCGGCCAAACAAAUGAUCAUGACCAUGUUGCAGCCGGACCCCAAGAGCAGGCCAAAUGUGAAUCAACUGAUGGUACACGAUUUUCUAGUUAAUGGUUAUUGCCCCACGUCGUUACCAGUAAGUUGCCUAACGAUGGCACCUAGAUUUGAUAAGAUGGAGGUGUACGCGAGGAAACCUCUGAGUGGCAUAAAUAACGGUGAUGUGGUCAUGAAACCCGAAGACAGGGCACAGGAUUCGAUAACCGUACACCUCUCUGGCGCCAUGAAUCACCACGUGAUCGAUCCCAAGGAGAGUUUUGGAACAUUGAGGAGUCUCCUCGGUCGGGUUCUGAAAAUGAAGCCGGCCAAAAACCACGUCUUCCUUGACGAAAUGACAGACCCGGCCGCUCAGCCCAUGAUAUGGGUGUCCAAAUGGGUGGAUUACUCCGACAAGUACGGUUUCGGCUACCAACUGUCGGAUGAAGGAGUCGGUGUCAUGUUCAAUGACACUACGAAAUUAAUAAUGUUGCCAAACGGAAUAAACGUACACUAUAUCGACAAAAACGGCAAAGAAUCCUACAUGACCAUGGAAAGCUACCCCCGAGAAUUGGACAAGAAGAUGAAAUUGCUGUCGUACUUCAGCCGCUACAUGCGCGAGCACCUCAUCAUGACCGGUGCGUCUGUCGUACGCGAAGUGGACUCGAUGUCAAGGACCCCCCAUUUGCACCAAUGGUGUCGUUCCACGUCGGGCGUGCUCAUGCAGCUAAGUAACGGCACGGUGCAGAUGAAUUUCAGCGAUCACACGAAGAUAAUCAUGUGCCCAUUGAUGACCGCCAUCACGUACAUAGACGAAGAGAAGCAGUUCAGGACUUUCAGAUUUUCUUCCCUAGAGAACAGCGGAUGCAACGUGGCUCUCUACGAGAAGAUGCGGUAUGCGUACGAUAAAAUCACAGUAUUACUGGAUCCUGAGAACAAUUACUUCCCGCAUUGACGAAGAGCGAGAGGAGUGUACACUGCCAUAUAUAUAUUUUUUGUUAUUAAACUUCGAGGGACUUUUGUAAUGUAAUUUAUUUUGUUAUCGGAUUCUUAUCGAAGAUUUCGGUAACAAGUCAGUGUACCUACUUUUCUUAUUUUUUAUUUCUUAUCUUAUUACAAUUAUUACAUAUUUUAAUUCUUUGUAUUAAUUUUGUGUUUUAUAAAACAUUAUGUUUGAAAAGAUUUGAUGUACGUUGUUUAUACAAAAGCCAGAAAUUUAAUAUUCACCAGAUCGCGGUGUGUAUUAAAUGUUUGGCUUUCCUCGAAUCGACGAUGUCAGCUGAGAUUCAUGUGGAUUCUUUUAUAAAUAAGUUAACGAAUAAUAAAAAAAACAUGUAAUAAACGUGUU